AUGGCUCCCGCACAGCUUUGGUUCUUCCUUUGGGAGGACAUUAGAUCUGACAACUUCAAACAAGACUUUACCACGUUCGAUCAAAUUCAGAAAGAGGGUAUCACUCAGGCAAAAAUACUGAAUCGCCUUGGCCGUACGGGGACUCCGGAAGAAUACUCAUUCUUCAUACACUCGGAUAGUAUGAAAGCCUCAGUUCAGAUACUGAGCGACAAGGCAAUUCAGGCGACCUGGCAGCUAUAUUGCCGGCAAGAUUCGAGUGUUGUUGUCUCUGUGCGCAAGACUGACGAUCCAAGUCCAAACUCGUCCCGCGCUCCUAGCUAUUCUAUAGCUUUAGCUGCACGUCGCGCAGCCUCAUCAGGCAGCAGUGUACAGGUGCCAGAGAUCCCUCUGAUUGCAGCAGCCCACCAAGUCUCUUCAGGCAUGGACGUGGUGCUACGCACACCACUCGCUGAUCUACCAGAGGACGAGAAGGUGGUGAUCGAGGUUGAUAGUGGGGAAUCAUUCGCUUUCUCCAGAGAAUAUGUGACGUGUAGGUUCUUGGUACCAGCUUGUUUUCAAUCUUUGACAAGUUACACAGCCUGGGUUAACUCGCAAGCCCAAGAUGGCAAAGACUUGACAGAGAUCAAGGUCACGACCAUAGAUAACUGCGGUUUCCCAACCGAUGUGCAGCUUAACCGCUACGUUUGGCAGAGAUCUCUAAUUCGUGGACCGUGGAAACAAGACUUUUUGUCCCUCUGGGAUCAGUAUGUGAGACUCACUAAUGAACGCGAAGCCACAAUUGCACAAUUGUGCUUAAACAAUCCUGCUUUCACUCAGAAUUGUAUCAACUUUAUUCGCGAUCUACAAUAUUUUGACAGCGAGAAAAGCGCCCGUGAUCGUCUAGAGAGCACUGUGCAUCAGUUUUAUAUUGGAAAACCCUACUUCGAUAACCAGACUGUCGGUGUAAUCUUACAGAUGAGAAGCGUCGGUGGAACUUUGGAGAGUCAAUUGCAAACGUUGGCAGCAAAACAGACGGGAAAUGGGUCAGUGUGUGCUUCCCACGAUCUUUCACCAGUCUACCAGAGCUACUUAGGCGUCUCGUGGGACAAAGACAAGAGCAAGGCGACAAGCAGCCAGUAUACCAUGAGCAAGACCGAACUUUCAUCAGAGGGCAACAAGAUGCAACAGCUAUCACGCAAGAUGAGUAAGACUCUUCUUGGACAGUUCGGCAAAAAGAAAGGUGGGGGUAAAGGUGGACGUUCUGGCGGAGGUAGCUCGGAGAGCUCAAAAGUUUGA